AUGGCCGAGGUUGCAGGACUCGCUCUCGGGGCCGUCGGGGUCGCAGGCCUCAUCGGCGCUUUCAAGGAUACCAUCGACCUUUUCAGUCUGUUGGCCGAUUCCCGUGGCCUGGGGCGAGACUACGAGAUAUUGGAGAUCAAGUUCGACAUACAGAAGGCUCUUCUCCUCCAGUGGACUGAUCGAGUCGGCCUCUUGCGCCAAUACGACUACGACCCAUGUCUGGAUCAAGUUCACAUUCAGGAAGCUAUCGGUCAGAUCUUGAGCUGCAUUCGACUCUUGUUAACAGAUGCUUCCGCUCUGAAAAGCAAAUAUGGUCUCUCCCAGACGGACGAUCAAGAGCCUGUCUCAGAGAUCACCUCCAUCCCCUCAAUCAGCGCCUGGCGUAUGAGAGUGUUCAACGGCCAAUACGAAGAUUUUAAAAAGAGAAUCUCGCAGCACAACGACAAACAUUUUCGCUCCAGGGCCCGCUGGGCUGUUCGUGACAAGCAAAAGUUUGAGGGCCUUGUCAGGGAUCUGGCUGAUUUCAUCGCGAGCCUCGAUAAGCUCACGCCUGUUACUCGUGGGCAGCCAUCCCUCCAGAACAUGGCAGAUGACGACGUCAAGACUAUUCGCGGGUUAUCAGACCUCAAGCUGUUGCUUGAAGCCUCCCGAGACUCACACCAACUCAUUUCUGAGUCAGCCCAGCGAAAAAUAUCUCGCACCUGUGAGGAGAUGAUACUCAGCCGGCUCUGGUUCAGGAAGAUCCAUGACAGGAGGGAAGACGUGGCUGAUGCACAUCUUGAUACCCUCCAGUGGGCUCUCCAUCCACCAAAAGGCGAGGCUCGCUGGGAUGAUUUAUCUCGGUGGCUCCGACAAGAUUCCCAACAUGGCAUAUACUGGAUAUCUGGCAAGGCUGGGAGCGGCAAGUCGACUCUUAUGAAGUAUCUUCAUUCACAAGAGCGCACCCGUAGCCUUCUCCGAGAGUGGUCUGGCGCAGGCUCGUACACGCUGGUCGACUUUUUCUUCUUCAAUCUCGGUACCCAGGAGCAAAAGUCUUUUGAGGGGCUAUCACGGGCACUCUUGUACCAACUGCUGAAGCCCAAUCCGUCUCUCAUUCACCAAGCGCUACCGGGUAUGGUCAAAGAACUCAAAGAAACCGACAAUAACCCGAGUUUGCCAUCGCUGUCAGAGCUUCGAUAUGCUUUCCGGGUACUCAUCAGCGAACCUACCGUGGGCAAGUCUUGCAUAUUCAUAGACGGGCUUGAUGAGUUUGAAGGCAACAUUCGGGAAAGCAUUUCGCUAAUCCAAGAGCUCGGUCGCUCCAGCCACAUCAAAGUCCUUGUCUCGAGCCGACCUAUCCCGGCUUGUGUGGCUGCAUACGAGAACCUUCCCAAGCUGCACCUGCAAGACCUCACGCGGAAGGACAUCAGGGCGUAUGUGGAGGAUGUUAUUGGCGGCCACCAGUACAUAAAGCGGCUUCUCAAGCGAUCUCCUGAGGGAGCAAAGGGCAUGAUGGAAGACCUGGUCAACAAGUCAUCUGGCGUGUUUCUCUGGGUCGUUCUGGCAUGUCGAUCGCUUCUAUCCGGAUUCGAAGAUUGUGAUCGGUUACCAGAACUUCGGAGGAGGGUAGACGAGCUGCCACCGGAACUCGAGGAUCUCUUUGAUCUCAUGCUUGCCAAGAUCAAUCAACGAUAUAAACACCAGGGGGCUUACUUGUUGCGUCUGUGCUACGAAAGCCAACGAGCCUCGAGAAACCCGGAUUGCCCGGCCCUCACAUACAUGAGCACACUCGCCCUUGCACUUAUUGAAGACUCGGAAAUUUCUGCAAGUGGCAUCGUGGAUCUCUCUAUGCAGGACAAGAUAGAUCUCUGCGCCGUCCUUGAAGGGCGGUUACGCAGUCGGUGUGGUGGGCUUCUCGAAACUCAGUCAAAUUUGAUUCAUGUCGAUGCUGAUAACCCAGGGGCCUCAAGUGAGGAUGAUAUCUUCGUGGGUGGAAACGUUGUAUUCAUGCAUCGCACCGUCUUUGAGUAUUUGAGUGAUGAGCGGGUAUGGGAGCGCGAUUGCUUGAAGCUGGACUCUCAUGGCCGGACCGUGGCUACAGACCUAUCGACGAGAGACCUUUAUCUUAUGAUGCUUGACGUUUGUGACCUGAAACGUGAAGAGGGCGCGAUUGCUGAAAUAAUUCAGGGACAGCUGUCUGAAGCUCUCCGCAGUGGCCUCUUCUGGGUUCAAAUGGGCAACACCGAGUCGCAAAUGUCCUUCUUCGGGCAGUUGCCUCACUUCCUGAGCGAGCUCAACGCUUGCAGAGAUAAACUCAAAGAUGAGGAUCUCUCAUUUCUGGCUCAAGCUUGCCCUCCGGUGCCGGAUCCCACAGCGAAGAAUUAUCUGCACUCGACUCUGCUCCUGGCCGCUGACGUCGGUGCCCGAGAAUACAUGAUAAGGAACCCCGAAUUUUCGACACUCAACAGUUCCAGAAUGCCUGCAUGUGGCUGUCCCCCGUUAUUGUCGCUUGAAUUCAAGUCACUAUUCCGCCUAGCUACAAGAAACCGCCCUUCACCCGAAGGCGUCUCACUGCUUUUGAGGUCCGGGGCCAAUCCUCGGCUUGGAGACAGCGUAUUCACGCCCUGGUUGCUCUGGCUGCAGGACCCGUCGGGACUCACACGCGAAGUUUGGACGAACGAUGAAUUGGUCCAAGUCAUGGACGUGGCUGAGACCAUGGUUAGGUACGACGCUGGUGGGAUCAAGGAGUUGCGGGGGUGGUUGAACAAGGAUAACCGUCAAGAUUGGCCCCUCCGCGUGAAACAGAGGGGAGACGAAUUGCUUCAAUUUCUCACUGAGCACGAGGGGAGGGGUUCAUAUCUUGCCAAAGACCAUGUUCUGCAUGGUGGCAGGUAG